UGCACGGCGAGGGGAAAAAAAGGCAGAGGCAGACAGCAGGCAUCCCGGGGAGCUCGGGGAGCCGCGGUGCUCCCUUCCCUGAGCUAGGUUUCUAUUGUAGGCGGUGCAUUCCUCGGGAGGGAGGGUGUGUGUGUGUCGGUGCCUUCCCACACUCCGGGCAGCUCUUAUUUAAUGGGGGUCUCCAUGCAGGGCAGAAAGCAGAGGAGGUUUAGCCAUUGCCAAGCUCAGCGGCAGCUCGUAAGCCAAUUGCCGGCAUGGAUCACAGGGCUGAAAUAACCCUGGAGGAGGCUUCGGCGACUGGCCAAGCCUCCAGGAUGCACAUCAGGGAGGACCUGAGGAGGAUGCGCUGCGCCGUGCUGCUCUGCCUGCUGGCCGUGCUGCUGCUGGCGCUGCCCAUCGCAUACCUGCUGGCUGGGAACCUGCGAGCACCCACCUCCUGCCCCCAGGUCGUGGACGAGAGGAGCUCUCACUUUCUGAAGCAGCGAGCAGUAGCUGCUGUUACAGACACACUUCCCAGUGCCGAGAAGCCAAGAGCACACCUGACAGUGAAGAAACAAGAUCCCUCCAGCGCCACGGGAAGACAUCUGCCCAUCCUGCAGUGGGAAGACAAGCGAGGCUUGGCCUUUACCAAGAACAACCUGAGUUAUUCCAGCAAAGCACUGGUGAUACCUGUGUCGGGGGAUUACUAUGUCUAUGCCCAGGUCACUUUCCGAGGGCCCAGUGACACUUCAAGUAAAACCAAUUCUGUCACUGCAGUCAUCACCAAAGUCACUGACAGCUAUCCCGAGCCCACCCAGCUGCUGACCAGCAGCAAGACCCUCAGUGAAGAAAGGAACAACUGGUUCCAGCCCAUUUAUCUGGGAGCUGUGGUUUCCUUAGAGAUAGGAGACAAGCUAAUGGUCAACGUUAGUGACAUCAAGCUGGUGGAUUACACUAAGGAGCACAAAACCUUCUUUGGUGCCUUUUUAUUGUAGGUCUCUGGCAGCAGCUUUGUGGAAGCCUCCCUUAAGGGCCCUGGUUUGGUGGUUGCAUGUUGGGGAGCUGGUCUCUGUGCUGUCCUCUGUGCUUCACUCACCUGCUGCCUUAAAUUAUGGGGGGGGGGGAGCUGGAGCUGCAGGAUGAAUGGAAGCAGCCCAAAAAACUCCAGAAAAAUGAAAGUCAGACUUAAAAGAUGAUGGGGAUUCUUGAAAGCUCUGUAUAUUGGAGAGGAACCUUUUUUUAUGGGUUGGGUAGGGAUAUUUAUCGUAAAUAGGCUAGGCUGCAUCACUAAUUCCUUUUCCAGUACAUCAUUUCUUCAACUGAAAAGAGUGUUUUAAACUUUCUCCAGCACUUCCAGUGUAAUUUUGCAUCAUCUUUCUUCAGAUUCUUAAAGGCAAUUACAAUUAAUAAUUUCCUUAAACACAGUUCAGUGCUUUGCACUAAUAUAAAGCCUAGAUUAAUCAUUAACUGCUCAAUUAAUCACUUCCAGUUUCCCUGUAAAGUAGAUUAAAAUUAUAUCAUGUGUUUUGCAGAAGCUACCUGAUUUUCUUUUGUUUUCCAGGAUACCAUUUACAGAUAUUUAAGUCAAUGUAUAGGCUUUAGCUUUUAUUUAAAACUUCUAGGGAGCGUGCAGAAACAUUUUCAUUUCAGCAUGACCGUGGAAUCCCCCCACCAGAUCCAAACAUUAGGAAAGCAGAAAAAAAAAAAAAACAACCAAAAAAAAAGAAGGCAGGGAGAUACGCAGAAACAUCCUCCACACUUUCAAAAACCAAUCACAGAAAUUUAAAAAAAAAAAAAAAAAGAAAAAAGAAAAUUGCUCUGCAAUAUUUUGCUUUCCACCGUGCAUCAUGCAAAGCAAAUGCAACUAAAGACAUCAGUGCCCUCCUAACGCUUUGCAACCACUGCUGCAGCAAUCUGCUGACACAAAGAUCUCCCCAUCCUUUGCCUGGGUGCAGGCUGACGAUCAGUAGUCCAUGCAAAAGGUCGGAGGAUCCAAAGAGAAGCUCGCAGUGUGCCAUGGCCAGCUACAGAGCUUGGGAAUGCUUAGCUUCCCAUCUCGUGCUUCUUUUUCUCAUAGACAUUACUAUCUCAGGGAAAUUCCCCAGCUCCCCUUCUCCUCCCACAGUAAAUACAUCACUGUCAGUGAGUCAAGUCACGCUCUUCUAUGUUCAGGCUUUACACACUGAACUGCUUGGUGGUCUCUCACUUGAGUCCCUACCAGGCAGCUGUUUGGCAGGGUCUGUCCAGUGGCCAGGCUGCGCUCUCUGCAACUCUCCCUCUUUCUUCCCUUUCCCCAUUGGGCUCCUUCCUUCUUGGCCUGAAGUGUCACCAAGAUGGCCUAGCUAACAUUUCCACCCAGGGACAUGGGCCCCAGCAGCAUGCUGUUAGCACCAAGGAGGCACCCAGCACCCAAUCUGUCCUUGUUACUCUCCAGAAGGGCAGCUCACCAUCACCACCUCAGCAGGGCUUUUCCCACUGCUUAAGAAGCCCCAGCUUUUCUCUUUGCACCAAUAUGGUAAAAUCACAAGUCCAGGAAAAGUUUAUUCCUCUGGGAAACCCUAAGACUUUCCAUUUUUUUAGAUCUUAGAUUUGAGUCCUUCAGAGCUUCUGAUCCCUUCGUUUUGUGCCCAAAACUGGAUCUGCGUUCUUGCAGACCUCCAUAGAAAGGCACAUAGGUGACCAGCACACAAAAAUUCAUUUUUUAUCUCACAGAGAGAAGACUUAAAGUGACCUGUCCAGGACAGGGGAUUCUCAGCCACUAGUUAAAAAAGCUUCUGUGAAGUUAAUAGGACGAAUUUGGUUUAUCCUUGGAGAAAAUUGAAAUGCAAAUUCUAGCUUUACUGAGAUAUUUACAGAAAUCCAGAAAGGUCUUUAUUUCUACAAAUGAGAUUAUGUAACACUCCUAUGAGGCCAUAAUGCAGUCUUAAUAGGCUUGUAGAACAGAUUUCCAUAAAUACUAUAUUUUAAGUUGUCAUCCCUUACUGCUUGUUGCACUGAAUUAUGUGUAAUAUGGGUUCUAGGGGAGAGGAGUCAUGCAUGCAGUAUUUGGCUCACAGAGAAAGAGCCUUCUAGGGCUACAUAAAUGUACAUACAUAGAUUUUCUAUAUAUAUUUAUGCAUACUCUAUGUACAAGUUUUAGGAAGUGCUUUGGCAAUGAUGAGCCUUUUGCUAUAACAAGACAUAAUUUGUGCCUGCUGUACACUGACGACAAAUUUCACAAGCAUCUCCUGCUGCUGUAACAGAUACAGAUGUGACUGUCUUGUUCCACUGGCCGUAGCACAAGUGUAUUUAUUUUAGUUCAUGCCUUGCAAGCUGUCCCACCCCAUCUCAUACACUGGCUUCUAGCACGUUUAGCAUGCCAGCACAAUUUACAGAGCAUAAAGUAACAUAUCUAGCACUACUUGUUUUAAAGUAGUGCAGGCAGAUUGAUCCAAGCACAGCCACCCCAGUGGAAAUUUCUAUUUCUCCCCUUUUUUCCCCCUCUUAGUGCUAAUAACGCUUCUGUAACAGUGACCAGCAGGUACAGCAGGGAGCACCCAGGGCUGGCUGUGACCCCACUGACUGCAGAAGCCAAUGGUACAGCACUGGGGUAAAGCUGCUUAAGGGGAAUAGAGGUCAGGCUCAGAGGGAAGGAUCUCAGGCAGACUGAACCCAAGCUGCGGGUGAUCAGAUUUUCCCAAAGCUAAUUGAGGACGGAAGCGUUCUCGGAAAAAUCACUGUUAUUGGGUUAGAAAAAAAGAGUUCCUUUAAUGUAAAUCAUUUGUGGAGAUGUGAAGAUGCCCAUAGGUCAGCAUUUUCAGUUGAACGAGGUGAUGAAAUGGGGCCUUGUGAACAAGUGACCUUUCAGCCUGCGGUCAGGCUGAAAACGCGUUUUGUUUUGGGUGGAUGUGAAACUGAGACAGCUGGAAGAAGCUCUCCUAGAGGAAGAGCUUCAAGAAGGCAGCUUAUGUUCACGAGCUAAAAAUAAUGGUAGGGUUUCUGGAUUUGGCCCUUUCAUCUCUCAGAAAAAGACAUUUAAGAACUGCUCAGUACAAAAAACAUUGAAAGAAGCUGUUUCAGGUCUUGUUGGCUUUGUUGUUGUAUAUUUUUUUACGAAUAUUUAUUAACAAAAGACUUCUGUUCUUAGGAAUUCUUUUCUUCUCUGAUUUCUUUGAUCUCCAAAAUCUAACGCUAAAUAUAACCCAAAUUCCUAAUGCAGUUCACUUACCUACUGCUUCCUUUCCCCUUAAGGUCUAUAUGUUAGUAAAUGAGCAUUCUCUCUGUAUCAAUAAGUAAAUCUAAAUCAAGCUAUAAGAGAUUACAACUCCAAUCUUACCAACAUACAUGCAUGCCUUGCUUAGUCUUAAGCUUGUGGGUAAAAAGAAUGCCAUUGUAAAAGGCAGCUCAGUUUCCCUUAUUGGCAUACAGGAGUAAAGCCAAUUAAAAGUUGAUUGGUAGAAUGUUUUAGCCAUGUUUACCCUGAACAACACCACUACAUGGGUAGCCUCUCAAUAAGGAGAACUCACAUGGGCCACCAUGUGUUUUGGCAGGACUGGGGUCUAGAGGUGGAAAUUUAAGGUCGGGUUUCUGAGUCAAACAUCACCCAAAUAGCAUCAAGUAGGCUGGUGGGAAGAGUUUGGACGUGCCAGUUUGGUGAAUGUUAGUCUGAGCCAUCCCUCAGAGGCAAGGGACACGGCCAGGCUACACUAACCAAAAGGAAUGGGUGAAAGUACUGUCAUUUCCAACACACACACACACACACACACAAAACGUAUUUUGAGAGAACGUCGUUACUCAACUCCGUGCGAUCCAACUGACUGCACUGCGUUUUGCUUUUAUUAAUCUCUUGAGUGGCCCAUCAUUUCAGAUGGGAAAUGAGGAGAAAAUUCAUUCUUUAGAAGAAUCAGACAGUGUCAUGAAUUUUUGCCCAAAUCUGGGUGUUAAACGCCAGUAUAGCAUUUUGCUACUGUAAUGUAUUUUCAUAUAAAUGAUUGUGUACUGUUUUGUGCUUCAGUACCGGUGUGAGCCUUCAACAGCAGAACUGACUUUAGAGUUUUGUUUCCAAGUGUUAUGAAAAUAAAAAUGCAAGUUAACUAAUUUAAAA